AUGUUGAAUAUGGAGGAUUUGAAAGCCCCUGUCAGAUUUGUCAACAAGUCAUCAUUCAGCAUCAGCAGCCUACUGUUUCGACGAGAGGGAGUGAUGAGUGACGACGGCGCCGCACUGGAUGGGAUCCUUUCCGGAUGCUCCAAGCUCCUUUCCAGAAAACACAUUUCUUCGGGGCUAUCUACUAGGCCUAAAGAAGUUUGUGCUCAAGAUGGAAAAUAUGAUUUAAAUAGAGACAAAAACUGUGACAAUAAAGAAUACGCAGUCCAAGAGGACAAACGAGUCUCCAGAAAUGGCAAAAGGGAAGACGGAAAAGAUACCGAGAGAGGAAAAGCCAAACCGGAGAAACCUCCUUUCAGCUAUAACGCUCUGAUAAUGAUGGCUAUUCGCCAGAGCCCGGAGCGAAGGCUUACCCUCAACGGCAUUUAUGAGUUCAUCAUAGGCAAUUUCCCUUACUAUCGAGAAAAUAGGCAAGGAUGGCAGAAUUCCAUCCGACAUAACCUGAGUUUGAACAAGUGCUUUGUCAAAAUACCUCGCCAUUAUGAUGACCCAGGCAAAGGCAACUACUGGAUGCUUGACCCUUCAAGCGAGAACAUGUUCAUAGAUGGCACAACUGGUAAACACCGGUGCCGUUCCACGGCGGGCACCCGGGCAAAGCUGGCAAUUAAACGGCAUUCCCGUUUGACCACCACUGCCGCCGGGCAGGCGUUCACUGGGUCAUUUUAUUGGCCGGUGCCAUCGUUUCUUAACCUUCAACAUCCUGCGCACUCACACCCGGGCACAGGGUCAUAUGUAGGGCCCCAUCAGUCCAACUAUGCCACCUCGAUCCUUUCUCAACGGUCACACCACGUGAGUGCCAUAAAUGCUAGGGCAGACCGACUCUUCCAAACAAACCAAGAGUCGUCUUAUGUUGGCAUGGGUGGAGGCGCGCAGUACUGUCGCCAUCACCAAAUGAGCGCAGCCACAACAUUCGCCUCUUCAUCGUUGCCAUGCACUUUGUCUCUCCCUAACCCUUGUUCCUUUAACCUGCUCUCCGGACAAGCGAGUUAUUUUUACUCGCAUCACCAGGUACCCCACCCGGCGACGUUCAAUGCAUGGUGCCAGGAGGAGUACCCCUCAUCCAAGGCAUCUCCAGCCGGACACAUUUACUCCGGAAAGAAUGGACCAUCGGAUUGCUUGGGGAGUUUAUGCAUGGAGUUCCCUAAUUAUUUUCCUCCAAGCAGCCACACGAGCCAGUGUGUUGCACGAGCACACUCAACACCCAUCUUUCUUGGGAUGCAGGGAAAUGACCAUAUUUAA